AGCAGGUCAACAAAGAUGGCGGUUUGUUUGAGUCGUGUUGUUGGACCACUUGCCGGGUUAGGGUGUUUGGUUUUGUCAGCGCUGUCGAUCUCCAGGGCCGAGGCAGAGGACAGAGAAGGGAAAGGUUUCCCAACUGACAUAGCUGUGAUUGGAGCAGGGAUUGGUGGUGCAUCAUCGGCAUACUAUCUGAGAAAGCUAUUUGGCAAUGAUGUCUCCAUUGACAUGUACGAACCACAUAAAGUCGGAGGACGCUUAGCUACUGUGAAGAUCGGUGACGAGGAAUAUGAAUCAGGGGGAACCAUCAUCCACCCUAAAAACCAUUACAUGGUGAAGUUUGCUGAAGAACUGGGUUUGAAACACAGAAAGUCCUUCCCCGAUCGCUUUGCACUGUACAACGGACAAGAGUUUGUCUUCACAGAGAGCACAUUCAGUCUUCUCACACUUGUGAAGUUACUAUGGCGAUAUGGAUGGGACUGUGUUCGGCUCAAUCAGUUGAUUGGACGAACUCUGACCCACUUUGAGAAUAUCUACACCCUGCAGGAUGCUGGAAAUGCCUACAGUUCAGUGGAGGAACUGCUCUAUGCCAUGGGUGGAGCCAAGUUUGUCAACAUGACACAGACGUCUAUCACAGAGGGAAUGAAAGAGGAGGGUUUCUCAACAAGGUUCAUCAACGAACUGGCCAUGGCAGCCAUGAGAACAAACUACGGACAAACCGUAGACAUUCCCUACUUUGUAGGUUCUGUAUCGUUGGCAGGGGCGCAGCCAGGUCUGUGGGCGGUGGAUGGAGGGAACAAAAGAGUCCCAGAAGAAUUAGUCAAGACAGCCAAGGCCAAUCUUAUUCCUGGUGAGGUGUCCAAGGUCUCCUUAAAAACAUCAGGAGAUCGUCCUAAGUUUCAACUCCAGUACCAAUUGAAAGACCCUAAUGAUAACCAAAUACUGACAGAACAGAAAGAUUAUGACCUUGUUAUUGUUGCCACCCCACUAAAUGAAGGAAAAAGCAACAUCACAUUUUCUGAUUUUUCCACCCCUCUCCCAGAGAUAAAGGGCAGGUUCCACAGAACUGUGGCCACAUUUGUGCAGGGAAGGUUAAAUGCAGAGUAUUUAGGUAUUUCUGACCCAAAGGCCACUCCUACAUCCAUUCUGACCGUUAAUGCUGACAUUCUAUUCAACAGUAUAGGUAAACACACCCCUAUAACCACUCCUAAAGCCUACACUCCUGUAGGGCCUGACAGUGAGAAUGCUGUGUGGAAAGUUUUCUCCCAGCGCCCACUGACAGACUCAGAGAUUGGUCAGUUAUUUACCGUGGUGAAACAUACCCAGGUUGUUGAUUGGCUGGCAUACCCACACUACACUAUCCCUGGCCAUCUGGGGACCUUUGUCCUCCAUGAGGGGCUGUACUAUGUGAAUGGCAUCGAGUGGGCUGCCUCUGCCAUGGAGAUGAGUGCAAUAGGGGGGAGAAAUGUGGCUCUCCUGUCCUACAACUGGUGGUAUGGGUUAGAUGGGAAGGUUACAGUGUUAGGGGUGCUGCUGACGGCGGAUGCCUUUACUGUAAGCGUGUCGGCGCCGUUCUUCCCGUUCCUCACACACGACUUCUUCCCUUCCCUGAAGAGUAACCAGCUAGGGUAUUAUGCCGGGUUCCUGAUGAGUGCAUUCUUUGCUGGUACGUUUGUGGGAUGCUUCAUGUGGGGGAAACUGUCGGACAUCGUCGGCCGAAGACCUAUACUGCUGUGUGGAGUGACGGGCCUGAUGCUGUCCAUUUUCAUGUUGGGAUUCAGCUUCUCCUUCGCGUGGGCCGUCGGUGUGCAAUUUUUCGGAGGGUUUCUGAAUGGGAAUCUGGGCGUGGCCAAGACGUACUUAUACGAGAUUUGUUCUCCAAGGUUUCAUUCACUUGCCUUUUCCAUCGUCUGGAUCCUCCCUUCUGCGGCGCGGUUUGUGGGUCCGGUGCUGGGCGGAUUUUUGGCCUGCCCGGCGACAAGAUUCCACUCUUUUUCCCAGCCGUUCUUCAAGCAGUUCCCGUACAUGCUGCCCUGUACCGUGGUGGCAGUCCUGCUAUUGUUUAUUCUGAUAGGCGGCUGCAUUUUUCUUGACGAAUCUCUGCACAAGAAGCCUGAAGACGAAUACAUCACACUCAGCCCCAUCUCACCCGCAGACGGGACGGAACACGACAAAGAAAAGCACCCCCGCCCCCAGGACUCCACGUGCAGCCUGCUGCGGGACAGACUGGUGCUGAUCCCCUGUGCGCUGUACGCUCUCUUCGCACUGACGGAAAUCUGUGCAUUCCAACAGCUGCUACCCCUCCUCCUGGUGUCCGACUCCCAGCAUGGCGGCUAUAACUUCGACUCAGCAGAGAUUUCAAUUGUUCUUACGACCACCGCCAUUUACAGUCUUGUUACGCAGGCGACACUCAUUCCUUUUAUGGCGUCCAAGAUGCCCUACAAGACCCUGUACGUAUCCGGAGUUGUUCUGUACGCAGCAGGAGUCGCCUUGCUUCCGUCCAUGGUCAACAUCACGGGGCCCAUUAAAGGUCCACUCCUCUCCACGGUCCUCAACCAAACAGCGAACUCUACCGAUAUUCCCUUGAACUUCACUGAGAAUCCAUAUCCCACAUUACCCGCUUUGGUAGAAAUGAAUGUGACCGCGAGACCAGUUACCGGCCAGUGUCAGAUCGCCGGGGACAGGAGGCAGACCUCCCAGGUCCCGGCCUCAGAAGUUCCCGCCAGGGUUUGGGGCCCUCUGCUUUUCUGCAUGUUGCUAGAGCAGGCCAGCUGCCAAGCGUACAUGGCCGCCAUUGUGAUGGUGGGAAACGCUGCUUUUCAAUCGUCCCGGGGAACUGUGAACGGCAUCGCGCAGACCCUGGCGGCCCUGUCCCGGCUUGUCGGGCCGGCUGUGAGCGCCAACCUCUUCGCAUGGACCACCGAUAAUGGACUGCCCUGGCCGCUGGACCACCACAUGUCCUUCUACCUCCUGGUGGUGUCCUGUCUCCUCAUGGCGUUCCUCUGCACCAGACUACCGGCCGCCAGCAACCUGCCCAGGGCCGCGGCGGGGAACGGCGGCCAGGCAUGGCCGGAGGAACACAGCGGAAGGAGGGAGGCGGGAGACGAUGAAGAGAAACAAAGUAUACAUGUUCAGACAAGCGAGGACAAAACGUGGAUUGAAGGCAUAGAUGAUGAAGAUGAUUUUGAAACAGAUCAAUUACUUACCUCAAAUAUAACAUAGACUGCGCGUUAAUAAUCAAGUUGUAAGUUCGUUUAGGUAUGAUAUGAUUAAAUAUUGUAAGUUAUCUAU